AUGUCCGAAACUACGAAGAAGCCAGUUGAGGGCACCUCCGAAGAGAAAGAUAUCCAAGCCGGUAUUAUCACCGACCUUGACGAGGGCGGGCUGUUCCUCCACGAACAUGGAUUCACCUCGGAAACAAUCCAGGCCAUGCUGGACGAUGAGCCUCGCAACAAAGCAUUAGUUCACAGAGUCGACCUGAUUCUCCUGCCACUUCUCGCGGGCACAUACACCCUCCAGUACAUUGACAAGUCCGCCUUGGCUUAUUCGGCCGUUUUUGACCUGUUGACGUCCACCCAUAUGUCCAGUAACGAGUACAGCUGGCUGGCCAGCAUCUUCUAUUUCGCGUAUCUUGUCGCCGAGUAUCCUUGGAAUGUCCUUGCUCAAAGAACAAGGCUUGGGAAAGUCGUGUCGGCGAAUGUGGUGGCAUGGGGAUCGAUGCUCAUGAUCACUGCGGCGUGCUCUUCAUUCAAUGGCAUGGCUAUCUGUCGGUUUCUCCUCGGUAUCUUUGAGGCACCCAUCACGCCCUGCUUUAUGAUGAUUGUCGGCAUGUGGUAUACGCGUGCACAACAGCCAUUUCGUGCCGGUGUAUUCUACAGCUGCAAUGGCGUGGGCGCAAUGAUCGGCAGCCUGUUGACAUUUGGUAUCGGUCAGAUCAAGACGAUUGCGGUGUGGAGAGCGAUUUACUUGAUUCUCGGCGGUAUCACUAUCCUCUGGGGCAUUGUGAUGCUCUUCUUUCUGCCUGACGACAUCGUUUCCGCAAAGCGAUUCAAGCUGGAGGAAAAAGCACUCCUGAUCGCGCGCAGCCGACUCGGUCGGACCGGUGUGAUCAACCAUCACAUCAAAUGGUAUCAGAUUCGCGAAGCAUUGGUUGAUCCUCAAGUGUGGAUCUUGUUCUUUUUCACCCUUUUCAACGAAACGAUCAACGGCGGAUACGCGAAUUUCGGCAAGCUCAUCAUCAAAGGACUGACCAAUGAUCCUCUCGAGACUGUCGCACUAGGCAUACCCCAGGGUGCCUUUCAGGUCUUUUGGAUCUUGUCGGGAACAUUCCUGGCUUCACGCAUUAGGAACAUUCGCACCUAUGUGAUGGCCUUGUACCUAGCUCCGACCAUCACUGGGGUGUGUCUGAUGUGGAAGCUCCCGCAUGAAUCCCACAAAGUGGGAAUCUUGUUCAGCUACUACAUCCUCGGAGCUUAUGUUUGCUCUUUGGUACUGGCACUGCAGAUGCCCGCCACCAACCUGGCCGGCUACACAAAGCGUAGCACGGGUGUCGCGCUGGUAUUUUUGGCAUACUGUGCUGGCAACAUCAUUGGGCCUCAUGCCUUCCUGGCUAGGGAGGCUCCGUUGUAUCAGACCGGUUGCAAAGUCAUUCUUGCCUGCUCUUCGAGCCAGGUGGCGCUCGCGAUUGGCCUGAGGUUGUUGUUGACUAGACGUAACAAAAAGCGAGAUGCUGCGGCUGGUAACGAAGGUGGCGAGGGCCUUUCGCAGGCUGAUGAACUGUCUGAUCUCACAGAUUUUGAGAACCCGAAUUUCCGAUAUGUACUUUAA